AUGAUUUCAGUCUACCGGACACACCUCCGUUCUGCGAAUGACCUUUGCCAAGGUGACAACGUGAGUUUUCGGAAGGAUUGGGACAGCCGUCAAUGGGGCACAGAAAUGGCAGUGGAUGUUCAGGUGAUGCUCUCGCACGCAGGAACGACCAGUUUACAGACCAUCAUUAAGGAGGCCACCAAUGGCAACGCGUAUCCGGCCGCCUUUCAAGGGGUUCCUUGCACCGGCGUUGUCAAGCGGUGGUUGCCAGACAAAGGCUAUGGAUUCGUGAAGCCGGACAGUGGUGGCACGGACAUCUAUGUCCACCAGUCCGCGUUAGAAGGUGUUGCCGCUUUGAAUUGUGGCGACCAUGUCAGUUUCUUGAGGAAGGACCUGUUGGACAAUCGCUGUUGCUACACCUGGCGCGGGAACAGGACGAGCGUAGCUGAAAGCCCUGAGAUGUUGGAGUUCCUGGAGCCGUACCUGCUGCACAGCUCCCUUGACUGCCCCUUUCUCGUCCUCUCUGAAGGGCAACUGGUUGAGUCAGUUCCAGCGCCAUCCAGGGAGGCUUUCCAUCGGCUGAAGCAAUUGGUCAGGAAUUUUAUAGAUACCUGCGAAGAGUAUGGUGCUGCGCUGCUGGUCGACUUCGAGGGGGAGAUGCCAGGUCACGGUGGCGAAGUCAGCAUUGCACAGCUCCAGUUCACCCAGGUGCUUGAUCUGAAGACAUUGAGCCCCCUGCGGCUACAUCCGCUGCAGAGAUUUCGAUGCCCCGGCUUUCUCCUUGACCUCAGAUAUCCGAGCGGAGUGGAAAUUAUUCGGCAGGUCAUGGGAAGCCAGAAGAUCUUGAAGAUCCUAUGGGGGGCACAAGGUGACUGUCAGUGCCUGAUGUACCAGCUGCGGCCGUGCUAUAUUGGAGUUUAUCCAGUUGGCACACUCGACGCGCAGGUGGCCUUUGAUGCCAACAUCCUCAUAGGCAUGGCCAAGAUGCUGCAGACAGUUCCUUCAGAGACCACGGACGGCCUUCCGGUGAAGGAGGAGCAGAUCAACUGGGACGCGGCCCAUUGUGAGAACAAGCGAGCGCUGGCAGUACCUUUGAGCCGGGAGAGUGCGCUGUAUGCAGUUGAUGACCUUCACCGCAUCGAGGCUAUCGUUGGCACCAAGCUUCCUCCCAGUGGAUCCUAUGCAGCGGCCCUCCAGCACACCACCCAGAUGCUGAUGAGCUUACGCAAGGUGCUCAGAUGCCCUGUGCACAGCCAGCUCGUUGCAAUUGUUCAGAACGUUUAA